UUUGGCAUCAAAGUGGGCUCCUUUUCCCCUAUAAAAGAUAGGCUUUUGUAACAGUUCAAGCAGCAAUUCCUGCAGAAUAUACUAGUAUCUCAAAAUAUUAGCUCAGAAUGGCAUCAGGUUCAGCAAUCUCACUAAUAUUCUUCAUUUCAGUAGUUCUGACAUUAAUUCUGGGUUCUGAAGCAGGUGGAAUAGCAAUCUAUUGGGGUCAGAAUGGAAAUGAAGGCACCUUGGCAGAGACUUGUGCCACAGGAAACUAUGCCUUCGUGAACAUAGCUUUCCUUCCCACUUUUGGAAAUGGUCAGACUCCUAUGAUCAACCUUGCUGGUCAUUGCGAUCCGUACAGUAACGGUUGCACAGGCUUGAGUUCUGAUAUAAAAUCAUGUCAAGCCAAAGGCAUUAAGGUGAUGCUUUCUAUUGGAGGAGGGGCUGGUAGUUACUAUCUUGCGUCUGCUGAAGAUGCCAGGCAAGUUGCAACUUACCUUUGGAACAACUUCUUGGGUGGAAACUCUUCAUCUCGCCCGCUUGGCCCUGCUGUUCUAGAUGGGAUUGAUUUUGACAUUGAAGGAGGAACAACCCAGCACUGGGAUGAUCUUGCGAGGUUCCUUUCUGCAUAUAGCAAGAGUGGUAAAAAGGUCUACUUAAGUGCAGCUCCUCAGUGCCCAUUUCCUGAUGCUUGGGUAGGAAAUGCUAUGAAGACGGGGCUUUUUGACUAUGUUUGGGUCCAAUUCUACAAUAAUCCUCCCUGCCAAUAUUCAUCAGGAAGCAUGAUCAAUCUUGAAGAUGCAUGGAAGCAAUGGAUUUCAAGUAUCCCAGCCAACAAGAUUUUCCUGGGAUUACCUGCUGCUCCUGCUGCAGCAGGAAGUGGGUUUAUCCCUGCAGCUGAUUUGACUUCCAAAGUCCUUCCUGCAAUUAAGGGGUCUGCUAAGUAUGGAGGGGUUAUGUUGUGGUCUAAGUAUUAUGAUGAUCAAUCUGGUUAUAGCAAAGCAAUUAAGAACUCUGUCUAAACUAUCUCUCACAGCUUUAUAAGAAUAUAUAUAUAUAUAUAUAUUUUGUGGGAGUUCAUAUAUUUUCCAAAUCUUCAUAUCUGGAUGUACUUUUUCUCUAUGUAAAUAAAUGCUGAUUUCUAUGUUCUUCAUGUACUGUCCGGUACUGGCUUUCUC